AAUAGUUCGUAAUCUGAUAGGUUAAAGGGCUGCAGUCGAGGCCGAUCAAAGUUCAUAACAUAUUUUUCCCGAGGCAUUAAAAAGUACUUAUCUUCACUGGAGAAUGUGGAAAUGCAUAACUCUUUUCCCACAUGCAGCUUACAUACGGUGGGGCUGUGCCAUUGCCCGAAGACUUCUUCAUGAUGGACUUCUUAAGGUCCACCCAGAAGUAUCAAAAGCAAUUGCCAGUCAGAAGGCUGUAGUGGCUUUGGAAAGCACAAUCGUCACACAUGGCAUGCCGUAUCCUCAGAACCUGAAUUGCGCUAGGGAGGUCGAACAGAUAGUAAAAGAGCACAAUGCAGUCCCUGCGACGAUUGGCAUCAUCGAGGGGAAGGUGCAUGUGGGGCUGGCAGAGAGCCAGCUGGAGCACCUGGCUGAAAGCAAGGAAACACUGAAAGUGUCGCGCAGAGAUCUCCCAUAUGUUCUUAGCAAGGGCUUAUCUGGUGGUACCACCGUUUCAGUCUCCAUAAUAGCAGCACACAAAGCUGGCAUUCCUCUGCUUGUGACUGGGGGCAUCGGAGGCGUCCAUCGGGAAGGACAAAACACACUGGAUAUCAGUUCGGAUCUGACGGAACUGGGUCGCACCCCUGUGGCCGUGGUUUCAGCAGGAGUCAAAUCCAUCCUGGAUAUUGGGCGAACACUGGAAUACUUGGAGACACAGGGGGUAUGUGUGGCUACAUUUGGCAAGACACGUGACUUCCCAGCAUUCUUUACUCCAAGAAGUGGCUUUCAAUCUCCUUACAAUGUCACAGAUGAAGAGGAAGCAGCAAAACUUAUUGCCACCCUCCAUCAUUUUGGCCAGGAUAGUGGAGUGCUGAUCGGCGUCCCUAUUCCAGAGGAAGAGGCUGCAUCAAGCCUGGUUAUUGAUAAUGCGAUCAGCCAGGCUGUGGAAGAGGCAAGGGUUAAAGGUAUCCGGGGCAAGAAUGUCACUCCCUUUAUUCUAGCACGAGUUUAUGAGCUCACACGAGGAGUUUCCUUGACUGCCAAUAUUGCUCUCAUCAAAACCAAUGCAAAGGUGGGCAGUCGUAUAGCAUGUGCACUGGCCAGGCAGAAGACACGCAGAUACAACCCUCCAUCACAACCAUCUGAAGAGAAGGACAGAGCUCCUGCUAAGCCAGUCGUGAUUGGUGGCUGCAAUAUUGAUUAUGUUAUCAAGGUGGAACAUGGCGAUAUGAUGUUUGGUGGCCCCACAAACCGCAGCAUUGUACGUCAGUCAAUAGGGGGUGUUGGCAGAAACCUGGCUGACUGCCUGAGCCGCCUGGACAUGAAUCCAUUGUUCAUCUCAGCCAUCGGAACUGAUAUCAAUGGGGAGACAAUUCGACACUUUUGUGGUCACAUGGAUACCAGCGGUGUGGCAAUAUUACAGGAGCAUAACACAGCCGUGUACUGUGCAGUCAUUGCACCUUCAGGAGAGCUGAAUCUGGGCCUUGGAGACAUGGACAUUCACCUGCAGAUAACAGCGCAGUAUGUUUCCAAGUUUGAGGAGCAAAUCCGGUCAGCCUCAUUCGUGUGCCUGGAUGGGAAUAUUCCCGCAUCGACCAUCCAUUACGUCUGCAAUGUUGCGAAAGAGCGCAGUGUUCCAGUGUUGUUCGAGCCCGCAGACUUCUCCAGUGCUUGCAAACCUUUCAAGACAGAAAGCUGGAAAUCUCUAACGUACACGUCACCCAACCUGAUGGAACUGUGGGCAAUGAACCAGGCACUUGGAUUACCAGUACCCACAGAGCUGCCUUCCGUGGUGGAUGAAGUUGUUGAGGUUGCAUUGAGAAUGUCACGGCCGUUGUUGAAACACUUGCAGUGUGUGAUCGUCACUCUGGGAAGGCACGGCGUGCUCCUUUGCAGCAGAUGUGAAGACGGAGAAAUCUCUCUUCAGCCAAGGAAAGCCUCUCAGAUGUCACCCAGUGAUCUUUGUGCCAUCCACUACCCUGCCAUUAGUAUCAGACCAGAAGAAAUGCUGAACGUGUCUGGAGCUGGUGACAGUUUUGCUGCUGGACUAAUUGCGGGCAUCCUGACAGGGCAGGAGACCCACACGUGUGUCAGGAUGGGGUUGUUGGCUGCCAGCCAUUCCAUCAGGUCACUGGAAGUCGUCUCCACGUCCAUCAAUGUCAACAGUGUGAACCCACAGCAGGUCAUCGAGGGUGCAUGGCCACAGCCGAUAUAUCAUCCGGGUGGCAAAGCUCCUACUAACAGGGAAUUAUAAAUCCCAGAGGCUGGGUCCCAGGGUCCUGUCUCAGAAGAACAGAAGGUCCAGAGUUGAACACAUUGCUACUUAAAUGACUGAUGUCGGUGUGGGAAGACUAUUUCCAGUAUCUAUUUCAGAAGGCAUUGCUUCUAUCUGCAGAACUCGUAGCUGACCUUCCUUGUGCGCUAGCUGUUCAGUACAAUGUGAGAAACAGACUGUGUACUGAAGACAUGUGGCCUUCCAGAUACUAGCCUAUCAUGUACUUACCAUCUUCAGCUCUUUUUUUAAAAACACUAAAACCGGUAGCAUAUAACCAGUCUUGAUUGUUUCAUUUGGACCCAUGUCUUAAACUGAAUAAAGAGUGUUUAUUGAAAGGAAA